CGACUGCCGAAGCCGAAGGAAUGGAACACCAGUUGCUGUGCUGUGAAGUGGAGACCAUCCGGAGAGCUUACCAAGACUCGAACCUGCUCAACGAUAGAGUUUUGCAGACCAUGCUAAAAGCUGAAGACAAUUAUCUCCCAGCAACGAACUACUUCAAAUGUGUACAGAAAGAGAUUGUACCUUGCAUGAGGAGAAUUCUUUCUACAUGGAUGCUGGAGGUUUGUGCAAGAAACACUUUCUAACAGAUACAUAACAUUACAUUUACCGAAACAGAUACAUAACAUGACAUUCACCGAAACAGAUACAUAACAUUACAUUCACCGAAACAGAUACAUAACAUUACAUUCACCGAAACAGAUACAUAACAUUACAUUCACCGAAACAGAUACAUAACAUUGCAUUCACCGAAACAGAUACAUAACAUUACAUUCACCGAAACAUCUCAUAUGUCUAGCCAAUGCCUUUGGAAUAAUAAAAGGCAACAUACGCUACUAGCAUGCGUCUAUAAAGAGUACUUGUCCUGUGUUGGUCAAAGUUGUCUAUAGGCCUACCUUUCAAAUGUGUUUAUUACAUCAUACGUAUUUAUUCACCCAGUUUACCCUUUGGACUACAUUAAGAGGUUGUCUGUGGGACUCAUUGAGCGUCAUUUUACCUGAUACAUGCUGCAAAUGACGCCAAAUAUUCCCAUAUAUUAUAUAUUCAAGGGAACGAACACUUUAGUUUCAUAAUUCUCUAAAUUAAUGUCAAUGUACACGUAUGCAGUCACAAGUGCCAAAAUGCGCCAUCUUUGUUUUCUUGUGGUUUAUAGCACUAUUUUGUGUGUUUAAAAAAGUAAUAACUGUGUCACUGCUGUUUUCGAUAUAGUAGGCUAAUUGACCUCAUAUGCAUUUGGAGCUAUGUUUCUAUUGUUAAGUUACAACUUGAUAAAGCAAACUUACAACUGAACCAUCAAAGUCGAUGUGGGAGUUGCAACGGGUCGACUCUAGUCUAAAUAUGGUUAAUAUCUUCGAUCCCCUUUGAGAGAAUGCAAUGAAGGUGUCAUAUAAUGAAAGAAGAAACAUUGCUUAAAAUUUACAUGAUAAAAAUGUUUUCGUGAUGUGGACGAAUAUAUUUUUUAUUAAUUUCUAAAGUUGCAUGCUGUAAUGAGAUGUGGGCGCAUGCUCCUUGUCCAAUUUAGUGGCUUACAAAAAAAGUUAAUUUUGACCUGUAUUCUUUUAGCUAUUCGGAAUAAGACACUUAUGUCCAAUAAAGUAUACGCCUUAGACUGUUUACAUGCAAUUGUUACAUGCUAAAACAAUUUUCAAAUAUUAAAAACAAUUUUUUGAAAAUAUGACGAACUACAAUUGCUUUCUACGCCAUGUGCUUGCCUUGACGCCACCUUUGUGUCCACGAGUGAAAUAUAAUGUUGUCAAAAUGUUGUAGAUUUAUCCAAAACGUCUUACAUCUGCAUUUACAUUCACAUAAUAUACACUUAUAUGCAUGCAUGUAUGACUCGUGUUAUUGUUUGUUAUUUUUGAUGACUUUGUAGUAGUGAUGGUCGCCGAUAUGUAAAAUCUCUGUUGCAUUUUUCGAUUCGAUAUUGAUAUCAUAUCGGGUUGUAGAAAGUACAGUUCAUACAACUGCUUGCGGAUUGCACAUUGGCCCUGGUGUAAAUGUUCUGGUAGCCUAAACCUACCUAACCAGUUUGAAAACAAAGGGAUCCCAUCCACAGUUGUCGACCCAUCAGCAGGCAAUUAAGUAUGCUUAAGUCAGAGGGUUUUGUGCAUGCCUUAACAGUCAUGUAUGCUUUUUUACAGAACAGUGUAGGUUAGCAGGAACAAUAAACCAAUAUCAUGAUAUGCCUUGCUCAUAUCGAUAUCAAACGAUAUUGAUAUAUUUAAUUAUCAAUAUUGGUGCCCACCACUACUAUGUAGUAGAUAGAAAUAGACCUAUACAGGUAUAGCCUAUAGAUAUGUAACUGAUCUUUCGUUUGGUUUUUGAUUACAGGUCUGUGAGGAACAGAAAUGUGAAGAGGAGGUUUUUCCCCUAGCUAUGAAUUUUUUGGACAGAUAUUUGUCGGUCGAACCCACAAAGAAGACCCGACUACAAUUAUUGGGAGCUACCUGCAUGUUUCUGGCGUCUAAAAUGAAGGAGACCAUUCCUCUAACUGCUGAGAAGUUGUGCAUAUACACUGACAAUUCCAUCCGACCAAUCGAGUUGCUGGUAAUUUCACUUCCUCAUCAUGUUCUCAUUAGUUGUAACCAACACAUGUAUAUUAUGUUAACGAGGAUAUAGUAUAAUAUAGUAUAGUGUAAUAUCCAUAUUAUUACACAGUAUGCCUAUAAUCAGAAAUUUUUUUAUGUGUUCAUUAUAUUCCAUAUAGCCAUGGUUAACUUCUGGAGAUCAAUCAUUUAAAAUGAGAUAAUAACUCAAAUUCUGAAAGAAAUUCUCAAACCAAAUUCCCAUAACAUACUGUAUCAAUGAUUGUAAUGAUAAGUAAUUGGCAAGGUGGCAGAGUGUAGGCCUGUGUGGUGCAUACCCCCCUCUAGUGGUGUGGUGGUGUCUUGAACCCUUGCACAGUGUCUUACUACAGGUUUUGUUUCUCUCUCUCUCUCUUCUCUCUCCCUCUCUCCCUCUCUCUCAUCUACAGCAAAUGGAACUACUAGUAUUGAACAAACUGAAAUGGGAUCUAGCCUCAGUGACCCCACACGAUUUCAUAGACCAUUUCCUCUCCAAACUACCCAUCCAUCAGGACACCGAGCAAAUCCUGCGCAAGCAUGCCCAGACCUUUGUGGCCCUAUGUGCUACAGGUAUGCAUGAUGGGAGCUCCACCACUACCCUGCCUGUCUGUUGUUACAGUUGUAGGAUCGGUAGAGGGGGUAGAGGGGGUUUGGGCUGGAGGAAGAGGGGGUUUGGGCUGGAGGUGAAGGGGGUAGGGAGUGGAACACUAGAGAGUGUGAAAGCAUGUUGAAGAUCCUGUAUGUGCUAUUUGUGAUGAGUAAUACUUCUAAGGAAGGUAUUUAACUAUACUGAACAAAAAUAUAAGUGCAACAUGCAACAAUUUCAAAUAUUUUACUGAGUUACAUUUCAUAUAAGGAAGUCAGUCAAUUGAAAUACAUUUGUUGGGCCCUAAUCUAUGGAUUUCACAUGACUGGGAAUACAGAUAUGCAUCUGUUGGUCACAGACACAUCAAAAAAAAGUAAGGGCGUGGAUCAGAAAACCAGUCUGGUGUGACCACCAUUUGCCUCAUGCAGCACGAAACUUCUCCUUCCCAUAGAGUGGAUCAGGCUGUUGAUUGUUGUCUGUGGAAUGUUGUCACACUCCUCUUCAAUGGCUGUGCGAAGUUGCUGGAUAUUGGCAGGAACUGGAACACGCUGUCGUACACAUCGAUCCAGAGCAUCCCAAACAUGCUCAAUGGAUGACAUGUCUGUUGAGUAUGCAGGCCAUGGAAGAACUGGAACAUUUUCAGCUUCCAGGAAUUGUGUACAGAUCCUUGUGACAUGGGGCUGUGCAUUAUCAUGCUGAAACAUGAGGUGAUGGCGGCGGAUGAAUGGCACGACAAUGGGCCUCAGGAUUUCAUCACGGUGUCUCUGUACAUUCAAAUUGCCAUUGAUCAAAUGCAAUUGUGUUCGUUGUCCGUAGCUUAUGCCUGCCCAUACCAUAACCCCACCGCCAUGAUGGGGCACUCUUGUUCACAACGUUGACAUCAGCAAACCGCUUGCCCACACGUGGUCUGCGGUUGUGAGGCCAGUUGGACGUACUGCCAAAUUCUCUAAAACGACGUUGGAGGCGGCUUAUGGUAGAGAAAUAAACAUUCAAUUCUCUGGCAACAGCUCUGGUGUACAUUCCUGCAGUCAGCAUGCCAAUUGCACGCUCCUUCAAAACUUGAGACAUCUGUGGCAUUGUGUUGUGUGGCAAAACUGCACAUUUUAGAGUAGCCUUUUAUUGUCCCCAGCACAAGGUGCACCUGUGUAAUGAGCAUGCUGUUUAAUCAGCUUCUUGAUAUGCCACACCUGUCAGGUGGAUGGAUUAUCUUGGCAAAGGAGAAAAUGCUCACUAACAGGGAUGUAAGCAAAUUUGUGUACAACAUUUGAGGGAAAUAAGCUUUUUGUGCGUAUGGAACAUUUCUGGGACCUUUUAUUUCAGCUCAUGAAAACAUGCUACCAACACUUUACAUGUUGCGUUUAUAUUCUUGUUCAGUGUAGUUUUGAACUGCUGCCACAUUGUUGUUGUCCGAGGUGUUUCGAUAGGCUUUGAUACACCUCUGUGAAAUACACCUCUGUGAAAUACACCUCUGUGAAAUAUAUUUACUUCCUUCGUCUUGCCACCAAUAGAAGAGAUGAUCCCCUUUUUUAUAUCUCUCCUUUUUUCUGAGAUUGUGGAGUCACCUGCUUUAUAUAGUUCCUUAAGGACAGCUACUGGCUGGCAUUCCUACAUUUAACUAAAAUGUAAAAUGAUUUAACCUAAAGGGUUUCAAGCAUUUAUUUCCUUUCUCUUUUAGGGGAGCCAAUGAUUGGGUAGAUUUAGUGAGGAUAUGAUUGGGUAGAUCUAGUGAGGAUAUGGUCCCCGAUGAUGGCUCUCUGGCUUGCCUUUAUGCCAGUGUCAAAUUAAAUUAAUCUCACAGCGCUCCCUCAAUCCUCGUCUCUAAACUCUUUGUGGUGCAGGCUCUUGUAAUGGGAGCUCAGUCACAGUGAUGCCCCAUACUCUUUGCAUGGGCUGGUGGGUUUAAAGGGGGCUUGUCUCCUAGACUGGGAGGCCCCCUAAUUAAUAUGGUCAAAUUAAUGGUCUGAGCCUGGUGAUUAGACCUGUUGUUUCACACAAUGUGCCACGCCUGAGGAGUCCCUCUGGGUGUGUGUGUGUGUGUGUGAGCACCCCUGCCUGGAGUAGAUGUAUUGUCUCUUUAACCACUUAAAAAUAGGAAGUGAGACAUGAUCUUUCCAGAGAGGUGUCCCAGCAGAGCUAGUUGAAGGGUGAUUUAUUGCAUAGUGAGGCUGUGGAGAAGAGGAGAGAAAGGGGGUUUGGGCUGGAGGUAGAGGGGUAGAGGGGGUUUGGGCUGGAGGUUGAGGGGUUGAGGGGGUUUGGGCUGGAGGUAGAGGGGGUUUGGGCUGGAGGUAGGGGUUGAGGGGGUUUUGGGCUGGAGGUGAGGGGUUAGAGGGGGUUUGGGCUGGAGGUGAGGGGGUUUGGGCUGGAGGUAGGGUAGAGGGGUAGAGGCAUGUUUGGGCUGGAGGUAGAGGGGUAGAGGCAUGUUUGGGCUGGAGGUAGAGGGGUAGAGGGGCAUGUUUGGGCUGGAGGUAGAGGGGUAGAGGGGUUUCUGAGUAGAGGGGGUGUUUGGGCUGGAGGUAGAGGGGUAGAGGCAUGUUUGGGCUGGAGGUAGAAGGGGUAGGGCAUGUUUGGGCUGGAGGUGAGGGUAGAGGGGGUUUGGGCUGGAGGUAGAGGGGGUGGGGGGGUAGAAGCAUGUUUGGGGUGGAGGGGUAGAGGGGGUUUGGGCUGGAGGUAGAGGGGGUAAAGGGGGUUUGGGCUGGAGGUAGGGGUUAGAGGGGGUUUGGGCUGGAGGUGUAUAGGGUAGAGGGGGUUUAGAGGAGAAUACAUCUGCAUGAGCUUGUCUCUCUUUCUUUCUCUCUGUGUGAUUAUUAAGCAGCUCUUGGGCUGAAUAGAUAAUUCAUCACCAACAUGAAAAAUUUAUGCACUCACUAACUGUAAGUCGCUCUGGAUAAGAGCGUCUACUAAAUGACUAAAAUGUAAAUGUUAAACAUAAUUAUUCCAACAAGUGCAAAACAUUUCCCCUCUUAUUUUAAUGACAUGUUUUAUCUACUCUUUAAUCUUACCUAAUGUUCUGUAUGCAUGUCAAUUUACUCUCUAAGAUGAUGGAGAGAGGAGAACUGGACAACAGAGAGGAGAGGGAGGAGGGCCAGAGAGAGAGAGGGGUUAGAGAAGGCAGAAGAGAGGCAGGAAGAGGAGGGAGAAGGGAUGAUGAGAGGAGAGGAGAGGAGGGAGGCCAGAAAGAGGAGGCCAGAAGGGGGGACAGAGAGAGGGGGAGAAGGCCAAAGAGAGGAGGGGAAGAAGAGGGGGAAGAGACGAGGGGGAUAGAGAGAGGGGGAUAGAGAGAAGGGGGGAAAGAGAGGGAGAGAGAGGGGGAUCAGAGGAUGACCAGAGGGGGAGGGGAAAGGAAUAGAAACCAAGAGGGGGUAGAGUGAGGGAGGAAGACCGAUGAGUGAGGAAUUCCGUAAGAGAAGAGGCUGAUGAGCAAAAAAGAAGAGGGGGAAAGAGAUGAGGGGAGAGUGAUGGAGGGAUCCAGAGCGAAGGGGGAAGAGGAGAGUGGGGACAGCAGUAGAGGGGAAUGAAUGGAUAGAGGGGAAGGAAGAUAGGGUGAAGUAGAGACGGAACAGAGAGGAGGGGGAUAGAGAAGAGGGGGGACAGAGAGAGGGGGAUAGAGUAGGAGAGGUGGGGAUGAGAGGAGGGCUGAUAGAUAAAGGGGGAAGAGUAGAGGGGACUGGUUAAGAAUGGUAUAGAUAUAGGGUGGUAUGAGUUAGAAGGAGUGGAGUAUGGGGAAAGGGUCUUGUGUUUGUUGUAAAAAGGGCGAGCCUAUCAUGAUACUGGACACUACAAGCGUUUACAGUUCAAUCGUAGCAGCAGUGUCAUCCCCCUUUCCAAAUCCUAUGUCAGCAUCACGUGUCACUUUAGAACUUUAAAUGCCUCUGUUCUGAUUCUGCAUGGAAGAAAGCCGAUGUUUCCCUCUCUAGCCUUGCAAUUAUCUGGUUUUGCACAUUAAAACUGCCAUCCGUAUACCUCAUGUCUCACCACAACCUUCCUCCUCCCCUCCUCUCUUCCCCCCUCCGCUCCAUGAGUGGUGAUGCAUGGCACGUGCGAAGCAUGGAUUCGAAGCAUAGGACUGAUCCCACUUGACCAUCUUGCAUCUCUGGUCUACUGUUGUCUCACUUUCCUGUGUUCACUCUGCUCCCUUACAGAUCAGCUCAACUGGCCUCCGUCUCCUCGCCCCCUCCUUCCUCGCUCACGCCUUGAAGCAGCGGGUCUACCUAACGGCCAGAAAGAUCGUCGGUCAUGUGAAGGUUUUUAGGAUCAAGACUGCAGGGUCUGCUUCGCGAAUCUUAGGCUGACUGGAUCAGAGAUUAGAUCCUCUGCGCUCUCAUUCUCUAGUUCUCUCCUAUCUCCUACUACUUCUCUCUAUCUCUCUCUCUCCUCUCUUCUCUCUCUCUCUCUCUCUCUCUCUCUACACCAGAUGUCAAAUUCAUUGCCAACCCUCCGUCAAUGAUCGCAGCGGGCCAGUGUGGCGGCUGCUGUCCAGGGGCUGCAUCUGAAGAUGGACGAUGCAAUGUCAUCCCAGCAACUCACUCACUUCCUGUCCCAAGUCAUCAGAAGUGACCCGGUACGCGAGAACAACCCAGUCUCAUGCAAAAAAAAUCAAAGGCUAAUAACUUAGUGUUGUUAGUAAUAGAAUAACUUCUGAAUUCUUCCUCGCCCACUGGUCUGGCUCUAGUUUCUACAGGCCUCUUUGAUCCAGGUAAUAAGAACCGUAAUCAUUAGAAUGAGGUCCCUGGGGCACUCCUUCCCCCACCUGAUUGAGGGUCUGGCCCUCUUAUCCUUGGCCCAGUGAAUUGCUUUAGCUCCUAUUGUUUUGGGGCCAGGAAUGGGUGCUAGCAGAUUGGGUUUCCAGUCAUUCUGGAUGAAUUGUCUUCCUCCUAAUCCUGGCAUAGUCACAGCCCUUCCCACUAGAGUACCACUCUGCCCUUGUGGUUCUGUGUGCUACCACAACUCCUUAAAGCCUACACAGUAUAUCAUUGGUACCAUUGUCAUACCAUUCUAAUACUGUAUACAGAUGUAGAAUCUUAAUUUGAGCCAGUUUGCUACAGCAGGAAAAUAAUCCUGCAGCAACAGGAAAUGUGAAUUAUUAUGUGGAUUAUAAUUCAUGGAUAUCUUUUAUAGGGGUUGAUACAUUUUACGUUAGGGCAAAUCAAGUCUGACAUUUUAAAGUGGAAAUUACAAGUUUGCAUUUCCUGCUGUGCAGGCAAAUUCUCAACAACAAAAGAGUGAUCAAAUUAAGAUCCUACAUCUGUAUUUUUCAGAUUGUUUUGAAGAUUUUUGUUAUAAGGCAGGCAACAAUCUGUUAGUCAAAUGUCCAUGACUGUAAGUGACGCUCAUUGCUGAGAGACCGUCUAACACUAGUCCAUAUCUCAUCACUAACGAUGUGUCUCCCUCUGCAGGACUGUCUACGGGCGUGUCAAGAACAGAUCGAAUCCUUAUUGGAGACCAGUCUCCGUCAGGCACAGCGACACACUGUUUCCGCAGAAACCAAGAGCAUGGAAAAGGAGGUCAACCUCUCGUGCACGCCAACGGACGUGAGAGAUGUGAACAUC